AUGGUCGCCACGGGGGGCGUCGCCGGCGCCCGCCAGGUGUUCGACGGAAUGCCCGACAAGGCCGGCGUGCAGCCAGACAUAGUCUCCUGCAACGAGAUGCUCAAGGGGUACCUCAAGACAGGUGACCAUGCCGCGUUCGACCUGCUGCUCAAGGAGGUCACUGGCGGCAAGAGGCGGCUCAAGCCCAACGUCACCACCUACAAGCUCCGAAUGUCCGCCCUCUGCGCCAAGGGCAGGAGCUUCGAGGCCGAGGAGCUGCUGGACGUGCCCAGACUCAACGGGAAAGGUGUGUCGCCCAACUUCGAGACCUAUAUCAUGUUGAUCGAGGCGCUGGUCGAAAACAACGCGUUUGUCCCUGCCCUGGAGGUGUGCAAGGAGUGCCUGGCCAACAAGUGGGCGCCGCCGUUCGAGGCUGUCAAGGGUCUGAUCCAAGGGUUGGUGAAGAGCAGGAAGGUGAAGCAUGCCAAGGAGCUGGGCAUGGCGAUGAAGAAGGCCGCCAAGGGUGAUGCCAAGGAGGAGUGGGAGAAGGUUGAGGCGGACGCCUUCCAGCUCGCGCUCGCCGAGAUGAAAGCGUAA